AUGACGUUAAGAAGUUGUGUUUUGCUCUGGCUGUUGCUACUCUUUGAAAUAGAUUUAAAGCGUGCACCUGUGUGUUUUGUGGCAACGACAGCUGGAACUCCUGAAAGCCCUAACCCCCAUCCCUCCCUGCACCCUGAACUAUUGGACUUGCUAGAAAAUAGGGAAUAUGAAAUUGUGUCAGCCUAUGAAGUAGAUGAAAAUGGAGAUUACAGGUCCCAUGAAGUUAUGCACCAUCAGAGGAGGAAGAGAUCAGCUACCCAUUUAGGAAUUGAUUCUCUCCACCUUCGGCUUCAUGGAUUUGGACAUGACUUCCACAUGGAUCUUAAGACUUCCAAUAGCUUAAUGGCGCCUGGAUUUACAGUACAAACACUUGGGAAGAAUGGUACUAAAUCUGUACAAACUUACCCACCAGAAGACUUCUGUUUUUAUCAAGGCUUCUUACGAUCACACCGAAACUCCUCAGUAGCACUUUCAACCUGCCAAGGUUUGUCAGGCCUGAUCAGAACCCAGGAAGCAGAUUAUUUCUUGAAACCGCUACCUCUGCACAUAGCACUUAAACAUAAUUAUUCUGCACCUGAUGGACGCCACUCCCACAUUCUAUACAAGAGGUCCUUAGAAACUCAGGCGCCCAGUGAUAAUGAGAUAACAUUGAUUAAGCGGAAAAGAGAAUUGGAAAAUCACAACAGACUUUAUCGUGAAAAUCAACACCUCCACAGUGGCUUUAAUCUCAGGCAUCUACGAAAGCAGCAUUUCUGUGGAAGACGCAAGAAAUAUAUGCCCAAGCCUCCCAAAGAAGAUAUUUUCAUUUUACCAGAUGAAUAUAAAUAUCCAUUAAGGAACAAGCGCUCUCUCCUGAAGGCCCACAAAAAUAAUGAAUUGAAUGUGGAGACACUAGUGGUAGUAGACAAAAAGAUGAUGCAAAACCAUGGUCAUGAAAAUAUCACUACUUACGUCUUGACUAUACUCAAUAUGGUCUCUGCUUUGUUCAAAGAUGGAACAAUAGGGGGUAACAUCAAUAUUGCGAUUGUGGGGCUGAUUCUUCUGGAAGAAGAACAGCCAGGACUUGUCAUCAGUCACCAUGCUGACCAUACACUGAGUAGCUUCUGCCAGUGGCAGUCUGGCUUGAUGGGAAAGGAUGGAACUCGCCAUGAUCAUGCAGUCUUGCUGACAGGGCUGGACAUUUGUUCCUGGAAGAAUGAACCAUGUGACACACUGGGAUUUGCUCCAAUUAGUGGAAUGUGUAGUAAAUACCGCAGUUGCACUGUGAAUGAAGAUACUGGUCUUGGAUUGGCUUUCACUAUUGCUCAUGAGUCUGGACAUAAUUUCGGCAUGGUUCAUGAUGGAGAAGGAAACAUGUGCAAAAAAUCUGAAGGAAAUAUUAUGUCCCCAACAUUGGCAGGACACAAUGGGGUCUUCUCCUGGUCAUCUUGCAGUCGUCAGUACCUGCAUAAAUUUUUAAGCACCGCUCAAGCCAUAUGCCUUGCUGAUCAGCCUAAGCCUGUGAAUGAAUACAAGUAUCCCGAAAAGCUGCCAGGAGAGCUGUACGAUGCCAACACACAGUGCAAGUGGCAAUUUGGGGAGAAGGCCAAGCUGUGCAUGUUGGACUUUAAAAAGGAUAUAUGUAAAGCGCUCUGGUGCCAUCGGAUUGGAAGAAAAUGUGAGACCAAAUUUAUGCCAGCUGCAGAAGGCACUAUUUGCGGGCAUGACAUGUGGUGCCGAGGUGGUCAAUGUGUGAAAUAUGGUGAUGAAGGCCCCAAGCCAACUCACGGCCACUGGUCAGAUUGGUCUCAUUGGUCUCCAUGUUCUAGAACAUGUGGAGGAGGAGUGUCUCACAGAGACCGACACUGCACUAAUCCAAGACCAUCCCAUGGGGGAAAAUUCUGUGAGGGCUCCACGCGAAUGCUAAAACUUUGUAACAGCCAAAAUUGUCCUAAAAACAGCAUUGACUUUAGAGCCAUUCAGUGUGCAGAAUACAACAGUAAGCAAUUCAGAGGAUGGUACUACAAAUGGAAACCAUAUACACAAGUAGAAGAUCAGGAUUUGUGCAAGCUCUACUGUAUUGCAGAAGGAUUUGAUUUCUUCUUUUCUCUGUCGAACAAAGUCAAAGAUGGGACACCGUGCUCAGAGGACAGCCGUAAUGUGUGUAUAGAUGGGAUAUGUGAGACAGUUGGAUGUGACCAUGUCUUAGGUUCCAGUGCUGUAGAAGAUGUCUGUGGGGUUUGCAAAGGGAAUAACUCAAGCUGCCGAAUUUAUAAGGGCCAAUACACCAAACACCACUAUACAAACCAGUACUACCAGGUAGUCACAAUUCCUUCUGGUGCCCGGAGCAUUCGCAUUUAUGAAAUGAACACGUCCACAUCCUAUAUUUCCAUCCGCAAUUCUCAGAAAAAAUAUUAUCUAAACGGCUAUUGGACGGUUGACUGGUCUGGUCGAUACAAAUUUUCGGGUGCUGUCUUCGACUACAAACGGUCCUAUAAUCAAUCGGAAAUUUUAACAUCCACUGGACCUACCAACGAAUCUCUGAUAGUAGAGCUUCUGUUCCAGGGCCGCAACCCAGGAAUUGCCUGGGAAUAUGCUAUUCCUAAGUGGGAAAGUGAAAAAAAACCUGGAUCCAAGCACAACUAUACAUGGGCAGUCAUCCGUUCCGAGUGCUCAGCUUCAUGCGGUGGAGGUCAGAUGACCACAAGAGAAGGCUGUUACAGAGACAUGCGGGUACAAGUAAAUACAUCACUUUGCAAUCCCAGGACAAGACCAGUCACGGGACUCAUCCCUUGCAAAAUGCCCGCUUGCCCUCCCAGCUGGUCAGUGGGUAACUGGAGCAUCUGUAGCCGGACCUGCGGCCUGGGGGAACAGUUCAGACUCAUCCACUGCGUGCAGAGAAUUCACUACAAGCCCGAGCCUGUCUCCGCCUCCCUCUGCUCACUUCCCAUCCCAGCCAGCCGUCAGACCUGCAAUCCCCAUAGCUGCCCACCUGCAUGGAGUUUAGGGUCCUGGUCAGAGUGUUCACGAACAUGUGGCAAAGGGUGGAAAAAAAGAAUGGUUGUCUGCAAGGGUACCAAUCCCUCAGCCCGGGCCCAGAUUCUGCCUGACAGUGCCUGCAUCACAGAACUGAAGCCCAAAACUCAAGAAGCUUGUGUCCUCAGGCGCUGCCAUAAGCCCAAGAAGUUACAGUGGUUCGUGUCUGCCUGGUCAGAGUGUUCAGUGACUUGUGAAAAAGGAGUCCAGAGAAGAUUGUUAAAAUGUGCAGAAAAAUACGUUUCUGGCAAAUACAGAGAGCUUGCUUCAAAGAAAUGUUCCCAUCUGCUGAAACCAAAUCUGGAGUUGGAAAAAGAAUGCACCUUGUCUUCCUGUCCAAAGCAUCGGAUCUUCCCUGCAGUGAGCCAGGCUCACGGGAGUUGGUAUUCCUCUCCAUGGUCUCAGUGCACGGCGACCUGCGGCGGUGGGGUUCAGGUGCGAUCGGUGCAAUGCUUAGCAAGCGGCAGGCCUGCGAUCGGCUGCUUUCUGCACCAGAAGCCGAUCUCCUCCCAAGCUUGCCACACCCACUUCUGCCCCAUCCCAGAGAAAAAAGACGCCUUCUGCCGAGACUACUUCAACUGGUGCUAUCUGGUUCCUCAGCACGGCAUGUGCAACCACAGGUUUUAUGGCAAACAAUGCUGCAAAUCUUGUUCCAAAUCUAACUUGUAA